AUGGAAGUUGAUGAUGAUGUGGAGGAGGAUGACAUAGAUUUUAGCCCUUUCCUUAGGGAAGGAUCUCCGUCUGGGACCUCAUCAAGCCUUACAUCAGAAGCAGAAUGCGAGGUACAUAGUUCUGACAAUCGACCAAGUGGCCAGACAUAUUUGCAGAAUAGUGUAGUUAAUGAAAAUACAAGUGACAGUGCACUUCCUCAAAAUAGACUGUCGUCUCAAGGUCUUGUCAACGAAAUAUUUCCAGAAGAAAAGUCUACCCAGGUUAAUCUUGAGAAUGGAUUGGAAAAAGACGUUUUAGCAAGCGAAGCUGCUUGCUCUCCAACAGUGCAAAACCCUUAUCACCUAUCUCUCGAAAUUAGCGAGGAAGAUGCAAUUUGCAGACGGACGAGGGCAAGAUACUCACUAGCAAACUAUUCACUUGAGGAAUUGGAGACCUUUCUCCAGGAAUCAGAUGACGAUAGCGGUCUGCAAAAUGUUGAUGAAGAAGAGGAAUACCGCAAGUUUCUUGCUUCUGUCCUGUCUGGUAUAGGCAAUGACACACAGGCAUUCCAGGGGGACGAAAACCAGGAUGAAGAUGAUAAUGAUGCAGACUUUGAGCUCGAGAUUGAGGAGGCCCUAGAAAGUGAUGGUGAUGAAAAUGCUGAGAACUAUGACGACACAAAUCAUAGGAAAGAGAAAGGUGGACGUAGGCCUCAGACUAGGCAGAGGCGGCCAUUUACCGAGUUGUCUGGGGCUCGUAGCUAUCAUCAGGAAUCCGAUAAAACUAAUUUUAGACCAAUUCUGCCAUAUAUUCCAUCUGCAUUGGUGACUCCUGCUCAUGCUUUUGGAUGGCAAUAUCCUACCCAUAAUGCCCUUUCCCCUUCAUCCUUGGUUUCAGUACCGUGUGCACCUUUAGCAUGUGGAUUUACUGAUCAACAACUCGGGCAACUGCAUGUGAUGAUAUAUGAGCAUGUUCAGCUCCUUAUCCAAACAUUUUCCCUAUGUAUUCUUGAUUCGUCUAAACAAGAUGUGGCUAAUAAUGUCAAAAAGAUGAUAGUUGAGUUGGUUGGCUUUCGUGAUCAAGCAUUGGCUAGGAGUGCUCCUCAACAGCAUAUCGUUUUUGAAUCCCGGCAUCUCUCAUCUAGUUUUGUUUCUUCUGAAAAAUUGGAAUGCCAAUGGAUGCCAUUAAUCAAGAGUCCUGUUAUAUCCAUCCUUGAUGUCGCACCGCUUGAGUUGGCCCUCAGCUAUUUAAGUGAUGUCGCAACUGCUGUCGUGAAGUAUAGAAGAAGUCAUGUGGAUGGCACUGCUGACAAAACCCGCAGGAAAGAGCCCCUGUUUCCUUCACCAUUGAUUAACAGUUGCAAAGAAGUGAAUAAUGUUUCUCAAGAUAGAUCAAAUAGUGUGCCUACAGCAUCAUCUCCUUCAUCUGGGCAGUUGCAGCAGAAGAAAUCGUUGGCUGCUACCCUGCUUGAGCGUACUAAAAGGGGCACAGUUGCUCUUGUUCCUGCUGACAUUGCAAGAUUAGCACAGAGAUUCUUUUCACUUUUCAAUUUUGCACUCUGUCCUCAUAAGCCACCUCCUUCACCUAUGGCCAAUAGAGUGUUUUUCACUGAUGCAGAGGACAGAUUGUUAGCUCUAGGAAUUCUGGAAUAUAAUAAUGACUGGGAAGCAAUACAAAAGCGCUUUCUUCCUUGUAAAUCAAAGCAUCAGAUAUUUGUGAGACAAAAGAAUCGUAGCUCCUCCAAAGCUCCUGAUAAUCCAGUUAAGGAUGUGCGCCGUAUGAAGGCAUCUCCAUUGACAGUCGAGGAGAAAGAAUGUAUCGAGAAGGGGCUGAGGAUAUUCAAAAAUGACUGGACAUCAGUUUGGAAGUUUGUAGUGCCACAUAGAGAUCCUUCACUGCUCCAACGUCAAUGGAGAGUUGCAAGUGGAGUCCAGAAAUCUUACAGUAAAAGUGAUGCUCAAAAAGAAAGAAGGCGAACAUAUGAAGCAAAGAGGAGAAAGCUGAGAGUAUCCAUGCCCGAUUCACGCCGUGGGCAAGAGGCUGAUAACAAUGCUUCUGAAGAUGCUGAAAAUGAUGAUGAUUCAUAUGUCAAUGAAGCAUUUUUGGAAGACACAGAUAGUAUGCCUUAUCAGCAGUCAGGCACAUGCCUCGAUGAAGAAUGUGGUACUACAGGUGGUUACAUUGAACCCCAGAAACUAAGUGGUACGAAACUUGAUGUAACCACCUCAUAUAUACCUUUUAUAUACCACCUCUCUGAUGGCCCAUCAUAUGUGAGAACAUCUUCCACUGCAGCUCCGGCGGUAUCAUGUGGAUCUCUGGAUCAACUGCCAGCUUCCCAAUUGAGUAAACAGAAAGGCAGUUGUGUGGUCAAGUUGGCUCCAGACUUGCCUCCUGUGAACCUUCCCCCUUCUGUUCGUGUCCUAUCUCAGGCGGAAUUUUAUCGGAACGCAACACACUUUCAUGGCACCUCGGAUAAUGCAGCAAAGGAUAUGUAUCCUGUGCCACCUUUGACCUCCUUUACAGAAAGUGCUGAUAGACAGCUAAAUCUGUUCCCUGAUCACAGAGCUAAUUCUAGAUUGCAGCAGAAUGGGAUCUCUAGGGAUAAUGCUACAGAAGAUGGUGCUGAGCAAGAUUUGCAGAUGCAUCCUUUACUGUUUCAGUAUCCUCGAGAUGUUUCAUCAUAUAGUCACCCAGUUCAAAAUCUUAUUAAUCAGUCAAGAAAAUAUGAUCUUUUCCCCUUUGAGAAAGUUCGAGUUGAGAGAAGUAACAACCAGACUACAGGUUCCACCGAAAAUGGUACUGUAAAUGCUAACACUAUCGACUUCCAUCCUCUCUUGCAAAGAACAGAAGUUGAUGUUCAUAAUGAAGUACCAGAAUAUGAUAAUAACCUUGACUGCCAUCAGUCUGAUAAUAACAUGAGCGAAGUCCCAGUAGAUGACCAAUCAACAGCUGGGCAAGCAUCCACAAGCCCUUCUGAGAGGGAGACAAGUAUUGACUUGAACAUUCAUUUGUGUUCUCCAACGGUCAUAAAUGGUUCAAAUGACUUCAGAAGUAGUUUUAGCAGAUCAAAUGUUCAAGAUGAAGUUUCUAGGAAGGACAAAUCUAAUGUUCCAGAGCUCGAGGUUGUAAAUUCUUAUUCUCAUUAUUGCAUUCAAGAACCUAAUGAAGAAUCAAUGCAAGGAAUUGUAAUGGAGCAAGAAGAGUUAAGUGAUUCCGAGGAAGAUAGCCAGCAUGUUGAGUUUGAAUGUGAAGAAAUGGAUGAUUCUGAAGAGGAGCAAGUUCAGAGUCCAGAAGCCUCUCCAAUUCAAAACAAGGGUAUCUCAGCAUCAGUUGUUUGUGGGGAAUUUCAUGUUAGUAAUGACCAGAGUCAAAUCCAGCAAGGAUCUGUUCAAAAGGAUAAACAGGGUGCCAGCUCAAUGCAGAAAACGCAAGUUCCUUCUCGGUCAGUGAGGGCUAAGCUGAAGCCGGAAACUGCAAAGUGCACAGGAUCUAGGACAAGCCAACAUUCGUCCACUUCUCGCACAGCUGAAACUAGGCGGAGCAAAACCAGAAAUUCUAAAGUGCCACAGGGACAGUCAAGUGCUGAACGCAAGCCCAAUGAUUCAAGAACUAGAAAAACUCUGGCCCCAACAUGA